AUUAGCACUGCAAGUUCCUAACACUAGUCUUAUUCUGAUUGAUGGUGGAUCGACUAGUGUGGGUCACAGCUGGUUUGGUGGCACUGUCACUAGAAUGCUUUUGAACUCGAUCACACUGCCAUUAGACUUGAACUAUUUGGGUCACAAUCUUCACCAAAUCAACUUCGAGGCUCAAGCAUUUGAUGGCACCCACGUGGUAUAGUGCAGACCGUGUUGAGCCACGCUGAGCGCUGAGCCCUCGAGUACUAUUGGUGUGAAUGUCAUACCAUUCACCAUCCAAUCAAUUGAUGAAUAAAUUCAUAUCUAAUUCACAUCUAACGCAAGUCAACGUGUCAAUCGUUCAUCAUUAAUCAGAGAACCACCACAUGCCUUGCAUUUUUUAAAGCCCCACGAUUGAGCGAUUCCUGGUUCCCUAAAACAUGAAGAAAUGUAUUCCGUGGCUAGCAGGCCUUUUGUGUGGGCAGGUCCUGGCUGCGCCGCCUCAAGUUGUCUUGAAUGCGGCUCCGAGUAGACUCGAUCGAAAACUUCAUGGCCGUUUUCUCCACAUCACCGAUAUUCAUCCCGACCCAUACUAUGCAAAGGGGACUUCUCAGUCGUCCCAAUGCCAUCGAAAGGAGUCAGGCAAGGAUCGGCAGGCAGGAUAUUAUGGGACACCGUUCGGUAUCUGUGACUCGCCUUGGACAUUAACGAAUUUUACGUUCGAGCAUCUAGAGGAGCAUUGGAGCUCUGAGAUAGAUUUUGUUAUAUGGACCGGUGAUAACGCCAGACAUGACGAAGACCACGAGAUACCUCGACCACUUGACGAGAUAUUGGCUGUUAAUCGCGCCAUCGCGAAGAAAAUGGAAGAUGUGUUCCUCAGGAAGGGAAUACCGGUUGUGUCAAGUUUGGGAAAUAAUGAUGUUUGGCCACACGCGAGUGGUUUCUAUCUCAACAAUCCCUUUGUCUUUCUAACAUUCACUACCACAGAAUACUUUAUCUCCAGCAUAUGGGAUGCAUUUAUUCCGUCAGCCUCCAAGACUUCUUUCCGAAAAGGCGCAUAUUAUGCAAUAGAAGUGAUACCCGAUGCACUUGCGGCGAUUAGUCUGAGCACGAUGUAUUUCUAUCAUGAUAACAAAGAAUUGACAGCUGUGAGAGGGUGUCCAGUCGGUGAUGCCAGCGACCCCGGUAACUUACAGUUCGACUGGCUGGAAGAGCAACUUGAAAUGUUUCGGGCUCGGCAGAUGCAGGUGUGGGUUACUGGACAUAUCCCCCCGUCUGACUAUUAUUACUAUCCCGAGUGUUAUUACCGGUACACGGAGCUGAGCCUGAGAUACCAAGAUGUCAUUUUGGGCAGUUUAUUUGGUCACUUGAACGCCGAUCAUUUCUACUUUGUUGAGGCCGCUGAUCUCAAUGUCAACCCUGAAGAAAACAGGAUGCCGUCUCAUAGUUUCGAGGGUACAAUCUUUGAAGCAUUGAUGACCGACUUUGAAGCGCUUGCGAAGAGAUCAAAACAUUUAAAUUAUGACGACUAUGCAAUAGUCAGCGUCAGCCCGUCGCUGGUGCCCAAUCCUUAUUUGCCCAGCUUCAGAGUGUUCAGCUAUAACAUCUCGGGGCUGGGAUCGACGACUUUGGGUGCCGUCGGUGAAGACGAGUAUCUCCUGAUGACAAAGAAGGAUCGAGCCUCCCGAUGGAAGCAUUUACCGUAUCGUCAUGGUAAUGAUGGGAACCAAUGCAUGGAUGCGGGAUAUCGGGACUCGUGGAGGUGCAAGCUUCGUCCCUGGCGUUCUGACAACCACGCUCCGUCACGGCAAAAUACCUUGUGGACACCUCUGGGAUAUGCGCAGUAUUAUAUACCUCGACUCGAAGAAUAUGACAAGAAAGAUGAACCAGAGUUCAAACUUGAAUACUUAACGUUCCCGAUUUCGAACCUAUGCAUCACGGAUGGACCCGUUCCGCUAAGAAACCUGCCCAAGUCGCUCCGCGAAGCAGGGGUGACGAAAUCGGAGCUUGCGCCGUAUGGACUGCAUGAUCUUACGAUACCGUCUUGGCUAGAUCUAGCCUGCAAGCUGGGGAAGCCGCGGGAGAAAAAGCUCCGAAAGCAGUUCAAGAAGUAUAUGUAUAUGGGAGGUGAAGAUAUUUAAAAGGGGCGAGGCCGGAGUGCCCGUAUGAUUGAUGAUCAGUUUUGAUACGAUGGAGGAGGAAGUAUUAUUUUUUUUCGGGAUUAAGUGAAUGGCGGUGUGGGAAGUGCGCGGCGGCGGUGUAGAGGAGAUGGAUUAUUAUUUGUGUUUACUUGAUCAAAACAGUUCAGUUUGUUGAUUCUUAACCCGUUCUAAAAC